CCAACAAGCGCUCGGACGUCGCAACAGAACGUACCAAACACCACACACCACCCCACAAAAAAAAACGACCAUGUUUCACGGCCACCACCGGAGGGCCCUCUCGGUCGCGGCGGGUGCGGCGGCGGCGCACGCAUCGUCGUGGCUGUCGAGCCGCGGUGCUUCCAACCGUUCCGAAACGAGCUCGUGCGAGGGCAUCCCCUCGGCAGGCCCCAACCACAACGCGCCCGUGGCCAUGGGAUGCUCGGACGCCUCCCCCGUCCUUCCGAUCCGAACGGUCCGGCCCAACCCGCACCUGGAAAUCGCCUUUGACGUCCGGACGCGGACCCCCCUGUACGUCAUGGAGAAGCUGACCAAGGCGACGCUCCCGGAGCGGGGAAGCGGCGGGGGCCGGAAGCGCCGGCCCAACUUCUACGAGGACAAGAACGUCGAGGGCGGCGACUUUCGCUCGAGGCUCUCCCACUACCACAAGUCGGGCUUCGACCGGGGCCACAUGGCCCCCGGGGCGGACUUUCCGGGCGAGACGACCGCCGAUACGUACACGCUGUGCAACAUCGCGCCCCAGGACCCCGUCAUGAACAAGGGGAUAUGGAACAGCCUGGAGGAAUGGGUCCGCCGACUCGUCCACUCGGAGGAGGUCCCCCCCGGUGCGGACGUCUACGUCGUGACGGGGCCCCUGUGGCUCCCCAGAAAGCAGGUGGGGGAGGGCCGGUUCGAGUACCGGCACCUGGCGCUUGGCCGGCCGCCCGCGCUGGUGUCGGUGCCCACCCACUUCUGGAAGGUCGUGGUGGUGGUGGAACGGGACGCGCCGGCGGCCUCCACCGGGAGCCCCAUCCUCCGGUUUGCCUGCUUUGUGAUUGGAAACGAGGAGGCCUCUCCCUCGAAAAAGCUCGAGGACUACGUCGUGCCGUGGAAGGACCUGGAGACCGUCACGGGCCUCCGGUUCUUUCCAAAGUGGGCGAGCCCCGAGUGGAAGGACAGGGCCGACCAGCUCACCAAGGCCCGGGUCCCGGCCAGCCUCGGAAGCAACUCCUCGCGGCUCUUUUUGACGGACCGCUCCGCCAAGACGAGAAACCCCAAAUCCGGGAAGGUAUUGCUCGAGCACCUCUGCGCGAACGGGAAGUGCCGGUAGGCCAAGCAACAGAAUGCUUGCUAAUUUUUUUCAUCAAUAGCAAAGCGAUGAAUGGACAAAAGUAUUCAAAUGAAACGAUUUUUGCCUCCCAAGUUCUUGCUUUGGUGAGUGAGGCCGGGAAAGAGUGACAACAUUCAUCACGUUAACAAUAAACUGCAGCUUUUGCC